UUUAGCCCUUUGGGUUGCUAGGGUUAAUUUGUAAAUGAUUGUGUUAUGUCAUCUUCCAAUUUACUCGGGGCGACCUGCCAAAUCGUCGCCCAGGCUGCAGCAAGUUGAUUUCUGGUCUCCUUUCAGACGGCCCUUUGCUUCUUUUUCUCUGCUUGGGUCUGUUUACUGUAAGUAUCCAUUAGUCGUGGCAAUUCAAAUUACCGGUGGAAAUCGUAUAUAGUUAAAGCAUUGAGCAGCCUUGCUAUGAAGAUACUUGAACAUAAUGCUGGUGCUCUUACGAAUUUUGAAGUGCUUGAUCUUUUGAAAUCUAGAGGGGCUGGGAAAGAUCCCACACGUGUUAUUGCUUCGGUAUCUGCAUCUGAAUUCAAGGUUUUUGAUUAUUUAGAACAAACUCCUGCUUGCAAUCAAACAAGGGACAUCAUCCAUAAGUUUGUUGACGAGUGUAAAAAAUUUGACCUUGCGAAGGCUGAGAUUCUUAAUGUUGUCAACAUGAGGCCAUCGUCUGCGGUUGAGGUUUACACAAUCAUAGAGGAAUGUGACACACGCAUGGAAGAGAAAAUCGAUGACUUCGUGGAGAUGAUCUUGCAGGUGUUGCCGGCUCAUCCAUCACAAGCGGAGCCCAACGAGGAAAGUGGUGAGGGCAAAGAAGAAACUGUCCAAUGAAAACAGCUACCUGGCGAAUUAACCUAUAGUUCAAAUGUAUUGCUGCCUUGCCUGGAUCUUUUACUUACUGUGUUUUUUAACCUCUGAUAUCAGACAUCAUAGUUAGACCAGAGAUUUCCAGCAGUUUAGGACCUACAUCGAGCCGGUAAAAAGUGAUUAUUUCAUGUGAACAUCUCAUAAACAAACAAUCACUGCUUACACUAUUGUUUCUAAGGAUAAUAUCAUUAAUCUGAUUGAAAUCAUUUAAGCGCUGCGACGAA